AUGAUCUCCUACGAAGUUGAACCAACCAAAAAGAAGAAGACAGUUCCUGAGCCACCGUCGUCGUUUUCAUCACUUCCAGACGAGCUUACAGAGAACAUUCUUGCCCGUGUCUCGAGAUGGAAGUACGCAUCGCUCUCUCUCGUCUCAAAGAGAUUCCACUCUCUCUUAUCAUCUAAAGAAAUCUACAAGACUCGAUCUCAAAUAGGAGCCCAAGAAACAUGCGUCUAUGUCUGGUUAAAGUUGCCCGAUCACUCAUGUGUAAGAUGGUUUAGUCUCAUGUGUAAGCGGGACUCAAGUGGGAUGUUGGUUGUUCCUAUACCUUCCUCUUCUACAUAUUCUUAUCCCCAUCGAAGUCACAUCGAAAUAGUUGGUUCGGACAUCUACGUAAUCGGUGGAUACUACAAGAAACCAUCCUCCUCGGUUCGGAUCAUGGAUUGUCAGAGUCACACUUGGCGUGAUGGCCCUAACAUGAACGUCGCUAGAGAGAGUCCGCAUACAGUUUUACUCGAUGAGAAAAUAUAUGUGAUGGGAGGUUGCGAUAUUGACGAGUACUAUGCCAACUGGAUUGAGGUAUUUGACGUACAAACUCAGUCUUGGGCAGCCUUUCCUGGUCCUGGCGUUGAUGAGUUAUGCAACGACUUACGCAAAAAUCGUGUGUUUUACAAAGUUAACGUUUUCCAAGAAAAACUCUACUUAGAGACUGAUGAUAAGGCGUACAAUUACGAGCCGAAAAAUGGUACAUGGAAAGUUGUAAGAAAGAGGUCGAAUGUCAUAUCAGAUCACAUACAAGUUUCGUGUGAGAUGGGGAAUGUAAUAUACUGUUGCACUAACUCUCGUCACUUUAUAUGGUCUGCUUCUGAUAUUGAGCGAAGAGAGUGGAGAGUGAUCAAGGGUUUGGAAGAACUCAGAGAUCAUAUAAGAGGUUUAAAUACUGGUGAGAUUGGACUGGUGGGCUGUGGUGGUCAGCUUUUAGCUAUGUGGGAUCCGUAUCCCAUUUCUCGUAUCAAAAGAAGAAACAAAAUUUGGUAUGCCAAGAUUUCUUUAGAAUCAAGACGCAAUGGACUUGAGGUGUGGGGCAAUGUUGAGUGUGUUGAUAUGCUUACUUUUCCUGUGGAAUCAUAUGAAUGUUUUGGUUGUGUUGCUGCGUCGGUUUGA